AUGUUUAAAUUAUUCAAAUCAAUUAAUUCAUUAAACUCAUUAGCUGCAAAACCUGCAAAACCUACAACCACCUCAUUGAUUUUGUUAUCCAAUUCUACCAAAUUACCUCAAACAACUCCAAAAUUAUUGAAUUUCUCAUCUAAUAUGCCCAAAGCAAGAAAUUACUCAAAGAAAUCUAAAUCAAAUAACCAAAGAAACAGAAAUAAUAACAACACAAAUCUAAUGAGAAAUAAUUCUCUAUUUUCUGUUGAUCCAAAUAAACCUCCUCUAUUGAUUCUUUCUUCUGUUGGUAAUCCUGAAAAUCAGUUUGGUUUAACAAGACACAACGCUGGUCAUAUAAUAUUGAACUAUUUGAAGUUAAUCUACAAUUAUCCAAAUUUUUCUAAAUUAAAUGGUUUUUCAAAUGGUGUAGUAUCCAGAUUUGACUCCCCAUCAACAAACAAUCUAAUCUUAUACAAAUCAACCAAUUAUAUGAAUGAAUCCGCAAAGUCUUUUGCCUCUCAAAUUCCAUAUUUAUCUAAUCAAUUUGGUAAUUUCUAUAAUAUCUGCUUAGUUGUCAUACAUGAUGAAUUAUCUUUGCCUUUGGGAAAAAUUCAAAUCAGAAAAAGAUGUUCCUCUCCAAGAGGCCACAACGGCUUAAAAUCAAUCCAAUCCUCCAAUAUUGGUGCUAAUUUCAUCACUGUUAGUAUAGGUAUUGGUAGACCUGACUCAAGAGACCCAAAUGUGGUAAGCGACUAUGUUCUUUCCAAUUUCAAUAAUAAUGAAUUGCUAUCUUUAAAUCAAACUGCAACUCAGUUAUAUAACCAUAUUGAGCAAAUGAAACUUGGUCAAUAUGUUUAUGAAAUCAAUGAUAAUUAA